GGGUUUCUCACGGAGAUGACUUGAGUUAUUUAUUCUAUGAUUCAAGAAAUUUUCCUCUAUUUGGAAAAGAUUCUCCAAGGCCUGAAAUUGAUAUGGUUGAGAAGCUGACAACAAUGUUUGCAAACUUUGCUAGAACUGGAAAUCCAAUACCACACCGGAGUGCGAAACUCGAUAACGUGAAAUGGGAUCGUUUUACACUGCAAACUCAAAAGUACAUGGAUAUUGGUAACAGGCUCGUCAUGAAGGAAAGAUUAUUCGAGGAGCGCAAUGAAUUUUGGGAGAACCUUUAUCCUUUGAGUUUCUAUGCUGAAUCAAACUAAGAAAUUCAAUGUAUCUUAAUUAUGAAAGAGUUUGAAUAAAUUGAAGUAACAUUUGGAGAAAUAAAGGUUUGAAAGUAUAAU